AUGGCACCAAAGAAGAAGGAAAAGAAUAAAAAUAGCAAUGUAAAGAAGAAUGAAGCAGAUGUUAUUAAAGAAGUUAAAAAGAGUAGAAGUAAUUUUGUAAUGGAAGAGAAUGUGAGGCGAAAAUUCGAGGCUUACCGUCGCGUUACAAAAACUAAAAGCUUUAAUGAGUCAUCGGCUUACGGCAUAAAUUCUGAUGUUUUAGGCCAAAUAUUCGCACAUUGGCAGUUCAAAUAUAAAUAUAAUCAAAGGCAAAGAUUUUUGAACCAAUUCGAUCAUUAUAAAACUAAUAUACAAGGGCUGGAUAUUCACUUUAUGAGAGUUGUACCAAGAAAUGUGAAAAAUGUUCAGGUACUGCCUCUUCUCCUUUUGCAUGGAUGGCCAUCUUCCGUGAGGGAUUUCUACGAUAUUAUUCCUUUACUGACUAAAGUCAGACCAGGUUACAAUUUUGUUUUUGAAAUCAUCGCACCUAGUUUACCAGGAUUCGCUUAUUCUCAAGCGACGACAAAACCCGGUUUAACAAUGUACCAAAUGGCCAUUAUUUUGCGAAAUUUGAUGGAAAGGAUUGGUCAUAAGCAAUUUUACGUACACGGAGGGGAUAUUGGCCAUAUAAUUGGAUCACAUAUUGCUACGAUAUUCCCUAAACAAGUUCUAGGCUUCCAUACAACAACACCAAUAAAUUUGUCUAAAUUGGCGCAUUUGACUUUGGUUGUUGGAAGUGUAUGGCCAACGUUGGUUGCCAAUGAAUUAGCGGAUAAAAUAUAUCCCUUAUCCGAUAAACUUCAGUAUUAUAUAGAGGAGUCCGGUUUCUUACAUUUGCAGAGCACUAAGCCGGAUACUCUGGGUAUAGCUCUACAAGACUCACCUUUAGGUCUAGCUGCGUACAUCAUCGAAAAAUAUCUUCUUUACACAAACCCUGCCAACAAAGAUGCUUUUGAUGGGGGCUUUACCUCGUUCAAUGGUACUGAUUUAAUGGAUAAUGUACUUAUGUACUGGAGUACGGGAAGUAUCACAACUGCGCUUAGACUGUAUAAGGAGAGCGCCUUAAAUUAUAAUAUUGAAGAAACUUUGGCACGGAUACCAACUGAAGUUCCAACAUGGGGUCUCAGGACUAAAUAUGACUUGGCCCAUCAGCCUGACUUUAUCUUACGAUGGAAAUAUCCCAACUUGCUUGGCACUACAAAUCUUGAUAUUGGAGGACACUACAUCAUUUUUGAGAAACCAGAAGAAGUUGCCCAAGAUUUAUUUAAAGCUGUCAGCAGGUUUUUGGAGAAGAGCUAU